AUGGCUGUAGCAGGUCCAAUGCCAAGCAUUGUAGGCGCUCUGUCGUGCCAGAAGGACUCUUAUCUCCAAGCCCUCGAGACCGAAGUUGUUUCCUGCAAUGAGUAUACUCCGCCAAAAACACCCCAACAAAGCGGUAAAUCAAAAACCAAGAAAUCUACAGACCCAGAAAAGGGUCUUUCGGACAUAGCAUCCAAGACAUGGCUUAUUGAAUUCGCGGAUUCUGUCAUCUUUCCUGAAGGUGGAGGACAGCCAACAGAUCAUGGAUUCAUCACUGCUCUGGAUAACGAAUCGAAUGAACCAAUACCAGUCACAAACAUUCAACGCCAUGGCCUCCGCUGCGUGCAUUUCUCUCCCAAACCACUCGAGCCAGGAACGCCAGUCCGCCAAACCAUCAACUUCACACGCAGAUGGGAUCACAUGCAGCAACACACGGGUCAGCAUCUCCUCUCGGCUAUCAUGGAUGGCAUGGAUCUUCCAACCUUAGGUUGGAGCAUGGGAGUCGCCGGGGAGAUGAACUAUGUGGAGUUGCCUCGGAAGCCCACUGACGACGAACUUCAAAGCAUCCAAUCGAAAUGCAACGAGAUGAUUCGCGAGAACCUGCCCAUCACAGUAGAAACCCCCGAGGGCAAAGGCUCAUCGAGCUUACCAGAAGACUACGAUAAGGAAAAAGGCGUAGUACGCUUCAUCAAGAUCGGAGACAUGGACUACAACGCGUGCUGCGGCACUCAUCUGAAGCAAACAAGUCACGUCGCUCUCAUCCUCUUGCACCAUACGCAGUCCAUUCGAGGCACGAACUGCCGCCUCUUCUUCACAGCAGGUGACCGCGCUAUCAAGCUCGCUGCUGAGUCCAUCAACGGCCUGCGUACCAUCGCUGUCUCACUUUCAUCGAGUGCUACGCCUGCAGAUGUAGCUUCCAACGUCAAUCGACUCACUGAUCAAGUCUCCGACGCGCGCAGGAAAGAGAAGAAGAUGCUUGCUGAAAUUGCGAAAUUCGAGUCGGAGCGAUUAACAACGUAUUUGGAAACUCACGAUAGUGCGUUUUCAUACCGAGCAACGGAUGGUCUGGAUUUCAUAAACUCGGUUGUGUCUGAAAUCAGAGAAGUUGCGAAGGAACGUGUCGUGGUGUUGUGCUCAGGCGAAGUGAAGACAUCAGGCUCGAUUGUGAUCUUUGGUAAACCAGAACUGGUAGAGCGCAUGGCAGUCAAGGUAAAGGAGGUUGUGAGUACAGCGAAAGGCGGGGGCAAAGGAGAGAAGUGGCAGGGCAAGGUUACGGAGUGGAAGAAAGGCGAGGUGGAACAAUUGAAGAAGGCUAAGAACUAA